AUGUCUUACAACAAACCCACAAGCCCGCCACCUUCCUACCCUGCCCAGGUCCACGACUCAGGCCCCUACUACCAACAACCGCAUCAAAGCCCCGGCGCUGCGAACGACUACUACGGCGGCGGCCAGCAACCACAGCAGGGCUACUACCCACCCCAGCAAGGCUAUGCCCAGCCACAGCAAAACCCGCAGGGCUAUUACGCCCAAGGCCAGCAGCCGAUGUAUUACCCGCCGCAGCAGUACCCUCAACAGCCGCCACAGGGUUACUAUGCCAAUGACCGCGGGAACUCCGGCGGUGGUGCAGGUGGCAUUUGCGCGGGUAUCAUGGCUGCAAUGGCUUGCUGCUGCUGCUUGGAUAUGUUGUUCUAG